AAUCUCAAGCUAAUGAUUUAGCCUUCUCAAAGGCUUUGCAUGACCAUGAUACUGCUCGAAAUGGUUUACUAUCUACCAUUACAUCAAAGGAUAAAACUGCCUUUGAAACUGUAGUGAAAAAUUACAUGGGCUAUUGGGUUGAAAAUGAUCCCAUAAAUGAAUCCGAAGAGGAUAAAGAAGCAAGGAGAAAUAAUCACACUGACAUGACUAAUUCUUAUUAUAACAUUGCUACAGACUUUUAUGAAGUAAAUUCCAUAGCACGACAUGAACAUUAUUUGGCAAUGCAAUUAAACGUAAAACCUAAUAUGAAGAUUUUGGACGUUGCUCACGUCACUGGUAUUAAUAACAACGAUUAUCAAAUUUCUCGAGCAAGAAAAACUGCUGCAAGACUAGGUUUAGAAAACAAAACUGAAUUUGUUAAAGGAAAUUUUAUGUCAUUACCUUUUGAGGAAAAUUCUUUUGAUGCUGUUUACGCAAUUGAAGCCACUUGUCAUUCACCUGUAUUAGAGGAUGUGUACUCUCAAGUUUUUCGUGUUUUAAAACCUGGUGGCACGUUCGCCUUUUAUGAAUGGUGUACUACUGAUAAAUACGACCAUAAUAACCCUGAACACAGAAGAAUUGUUCGUGGUAUUGAG